UUCCCUACUGGGUCUGGUAAAAUUCCCCCACCACGUGAGUAUCUGGUACUCUCUCUCCUCCCUCUCUCUCUCUCUCUCUCUCUCUCUAGGUUGGUAGCUCUAAAACCCCCCAGCUAAUGCCUUACUCAAAUCCUUCCAUUUACCUUCCAAUCGCAAGUUAUUAGCUCAGCACAUGGUUUUAAGUGAAUCAGUUUCUCUCUCCUCUCUAUAAAAACAGCCCCUCAGACACCAGUCACAUACCACAAAUAAUUGCUCGUUACUUCAAUCCGGGAUUUCAAAGCAAGCAAACACAUCUUUAAGCGUUACGCUAUUUCGGGUGCAAAAAAUCGCAGAUGGUGACUACAAUGGUGGCCCCGAGUCGCGUCGAAAGCCUUGCCAGCAGCGGGAUCCAAUCCAUCCCGAAGGAGUACGUGAGGCCUGAGGAGGAGCUCACGAGCAUCGGAAACAUCUUUGAGGAGGAGAAGAAACACGAGGGGCCUCAGGUGCCGACCAUCGACCUCGAAGACUUGGUUUCAAAGGACAAAGAGGCCAGAGAGAGAUGCCACGAGGCGUUGAAGAAGGCGGCGACCGAGUGGGGCGUGAUGCACCUGGUGAACCACGGCGUCCCCGAGGAGCUGGCGGACAGGGUCAGGGUGGCCGGAGAAGGGUUUUUCAAUCAGCCGGUGGAGGAGAAGGAGAAGUAUGCCAAUGAUCACGCUUCCGGGAAUAUCCAGGGGUAUGGAAGCAAACUCGCAAACAAUGCUAGCGGGCAGCUGGAGUGGGAGGACUAUUUUUUCCACCUUGUUCACCCCGAGGACAAGCGGGACAUGAAGAUUUGGCCCAAGAAUCCAUCCGACUACAUCUCCGCGACAAGCGAGUACUCGAAGCACCUGAGAGGCCUAACCACCAAGGUCCUAUCGGCCCUCUCCCUCGGCUUGGGAUUGAAAGAAGACAGGCUAGAAACAGAAGUAGGCGGGAAGGACGAACUCCUCAUCCAGAUGAAAAUCAACUACUACCCGAAAUGCCCUCAGCCGGAGCUCGCCCUGGGCGUCGAGGCCCACACCGACGUAAGUGCCCUCACCUUCAUCCUCCACAACAUGGUUCCCGGCCUGCAGCUCUUCUACGAGGGCAAAUGGGUCACGGCGAAAUGCGUCCCGAACUCCAUCAUAAUGCACAUCGGCGACACGGUCGAGAUUCUGAGCAACGGGAAGUACAAGAGUAUCCUCCACAGGGGGCUCGUCAACAAGGAAAAGGUCAGGAUCUCGUGGGCGGCUUUCUGCGAGCCGCCCAAGGAGAAGAUCAUCCUGAAGCCGCUCCCGGAGACCGUGUCGGAGACUGAGCCGGCGCUGUACCCGCCGCGCACCUUUUCGCAGCACAUCGAGCACAAGUUGUUCAGGAAGACCCAGGAACUCAACGGGGCCAAAUGAGUAGCCAAUCGGCCGGCGAUCAUGGUCCUACAGUUACUGCUGGAUGAGUGCAUCUUAUACCAAUUAAGUUCUUUCGUUGGAUGUGGUACUGUUAUUUUUGGUUGGUUUUUGUCUUCUGGGGGAACUUUAAUUAUGGGAGGUACGUAAAUAUUGGGCAUAAUGUUGUAUUCGUCUUGAUCGAUCUAUUGCGUCCUGAUCUUAAUUUGCGUGCCUUCUUUCAAUAAAAACCAUUAUGCUGCUCUUGUGAUC